UCCAACAAGGAUAUUUCCUCUCGCGCACUACCGGGGUCAACAGAACUUCUGGUAUCAUUCCGCACUGUUUGACCAGACUGCUUUUCUCACUUUGUAAAUAACAAAUCCCCAUGUGCCUCAAAGUCGAAACUCUUGCGCGAUCAUGGUUGCUGAAAUGGGCAUGUUCAUGCAAGGUGUCGCCGCAAACAGAAGCGGAAUGAAUAUCACAUGCACGCACGCUUUGAAAAUAUCCCACAGGCGUGCACCCGAACAACGGCUUUUGACAUGUUGCCACAGACCUACAAAUAGCCAUUGAAUCUCGUCUAUGACGAAACCACUCCAACCCAAUGUACGAGGGUUCAUCAAGCAUAUGAUAGAAAUUGAAGCCUGCUUGUGCUGUAUACAAGACAAGACGCAAAUUCUUCAUUUUGAUAUACAAUAUAACUUGGGUGUCAAGAUACAGCAUGCAGUGACCUAUAGCUUUUCCAGCAGCCAAAGAAGCCAACUAGCAAACGUUGAACGGGCGAUAAUGCACGAGCAGAGUCCAGAUCAUGUGGAGAGUUGAUUGUCGUGGAAGAAGAAAACCCGGAAGCUGCUCAAUGGGUGAUCGGAUUCGUUCCUGCUUUGACCGAGGUUGGCUCGAGACUAGUGGCCAAUCAACGUCGUGGCAAUGUCAAUACCUCACGGCAUCAUCGAAGCUGUCGAAUUCAUCUAACCAACCCUCCACAACCCCCUCUCCACUCCUCCCAGUCACCGUCAUGAGCUGCCUCAAGAUGCGUCGUCUGCAGUUUGCGAGCCAGCUUUCGAAAAGCGUUCGCUCUCCCUCAAGAGCUUUCUCCUCCACAAAGCCCGCGGCCCGCAUCUUCGCGACCGACCAUCUCAGAGCAAAAGAGGCAUCCGGAUUCAUCUCGAAAAAAUACCCUGUCAUAGAUCACGAAUACGAUGCUGUUGUAGUCGGAGCCGGUGGAGCAGGUCUGCGGGCAGCCUUCGGUCUUGCCGAAGCCGGUUUCAACACUGCCUGUAUCUCGAAGCUCUUCCCCACUCGAUCGCACACUGUCGCUGCCCAGGGAGGAAUUAAUGCAGCCUUGGGAAACAUGCACGAGGAUGACUGGCGAUGGCACAUGUAUGAUACCGUGAAGGGAUCCGACUGGCUGGGUGACCAAGACGCCAUCCACUACAUGACCCGCGAGGCUCCGCAAUCCGUCAUUGAACUCGAAAACUAUGGCUGCCCUUUCUCACGAACCGACGAUGGUCGCAUCUACCAGCGUGCUUUUGGUGGUCAAUCGCAAAAGUAUGGAAAAGGUGGACAAGCCUACCGAUGCUGUGCUGCCGCCGAUCGAACUGGUCACGCUCUUCUUCACACCCUUUACGGACAGUCGCUUCGCCACAACACCAAGUACUUCAUUGAAUUUUUCGCCACGGACUUGAUCAUGGAGGAUGGUCAGUGCAAGGGUGUAAUUGCGUACAACCAGGAAGACGGUACCAUUCACAGGUUCAUUGCAAAGAACACCGUCUUGGCCACUGGUGGUUACGGACGUGCCUACUUCAGUUGCACUUCAGCUCACACUUGCACCGGUGAUGGUAUGGCUAUGGUUGCUCGUGCCGGCCUCCCUAACCAAGAUCUGGAAUUCGUGCAGUUCCACCCAACAGGUAUAUAUGGCGCUGGCUGCUUGAUCACCGAGGGUUCGCGUGGUGAGGGUGGUUAUCUCCUCAACUCCGAGGGUGAACGGUUCAUGGAGCGAUACGCCCCGACUGCCAAGGAUCUUGCCUCUCGCGAUGUUGUCUCCCGUUCUAUGACUCUCGAGAUCCGUGAAGGUCGUGGUGUCGGUCCUGAGAAGGACCACAUUUACCUUCAACUAAGCCACUUGCCUGCCGAGAUCCUUCACGAGCGCCUGCCUGGUAUCUCGGAGACUGCAGCCAUUUUCUCUGGUGUGGACGUUACCAAGCAGCCCAUUCCCGUUCUGCCUACCGUCCACUACAACAUGGGUGGUAUCCCUACCAAGUACACUGGCGAAGUUCUCACUGUUGAUGAGCAGGGCAAGGAUCAGGUUGUUCCGGGUCUCUUUGCUUGCGGUGAAGCUGCCUGCGUUUCCGUGCACGGCGCUAACCGUCUGGGAGCCAACUCUCUUCUGGACCUCAUCGUUUUCGGUCGUGCUGUUUCCCACACGAUCCGUGACAACUUCAAGCCCGGACAGAAGGCCGACCCCAUCCAAGCCGAUGCCGGUGCCGAUGCUCUCGAAGUCAUCGACAAGGUCCGGACAUCGAGUGGAUCCAAAUCGACAGCCGAGAUCCGCAACAACAUGCAGAAAGUCAUGCAGACCGACGUGUCUGUGUUCCGAACCCAGGAAUCCCUUGAGGAGGGCGUACGCAAGAUCCACGAGGUCGACUCCACGUUCGCGGACGUUGGCAUCAAGGAUCGCAGCAUGAUCUGGAACUCUGAUCUUGUCGAGACCCUUGAGCUCCGCAACCUGCUCACAUGCGCCGUCCAAACCGCCGAAUCUGCCGUGAACCGUAAGGAAUCGAGAGGUGCUCACGCACGUGAGGACUACCCCGAGCGUGACGACGAGAACUGGAUGAAGCACACGCUCUCAUGGCAAAAGAACCCACAUGGCAAGGUCGAGUUGGGAUACCGAGGUGUCGUGGCCAACACGCUUGAUGAGAAUGAGUGCAAGGCCGUGCCUCCUUUCAAGCGAACGUAUUAA